AUGGCUGCCUCUAUUGCCCCUGAAUGCAACGAAAUCAAAGAAAAAUACGAUACUUGCUUUCUCAAAUGGUACAGUGAGAAAUACCUGCGUGGCAACACCACCUCAAAUGAAUGCGAGGAGCUGUUCACAAAGUACAAGACAUGCCUUAACAAAGUCCUCAAGGAAAGGGGCAUUGAUACCAUGCUAGAGGAUGCUCGAAAGGGCAGUAGUGAGACUGAUGCGGAGUUUCUCAAAAAGUCAUGA